AAUGGCUCGAAAUAAAUCUAGGGUACUUUUAUUCGAUGUUGACAAUACUCUAACUCCAUCGAGAAAUAAAAUAGAACCACAUAUGGAACAGUUAAUGUUAGAAUUACGAGAAAAGUUCCUUCUAGGAGUUGUUAGUGGAUCGGACUUGCAUAAAAUUGCCUAUCAAAUGACGUCUUGCCCAAAUAAAAAUUCCUUUGAUGAAUUAUUUAAAAGAUACAACUACGUAUUCCUUGAAAAUGGUCUUGUUGCUUAUAGGCAAGCCGAGCUUAUUUCAAAGAAAUGUAUAAGAGAAUUUUUGGGAGAAACAAAAGUGCAGGAAUUUAUUAAUUUAGCUCUUUCCGAAUUAGCAAAAAUCACAUUACCAGUUAAACGUGGACAUUUUAUUGAAUGUCGAACUGGAUUAAUAAAUGUUUCACCUAUUGGUCGGAGCUGUUCACAAGCGGAAAGAGAAGCUUUUGUAGAAUAUGACAGGGAAUAUAAGAUAAGGGAAAAAUUAAUGACGAAAUUUGGUGAAAAUUAUCCUGAUGGCGAACUUUCCUUUGCCAUUGGUGGUCAAAUAAGCAUCGACGUUUUCCCUACUGGAUGGGAUAAGACAAUUUGUUUGCAACAUCUUGUUGACGAUGGCAUUGAAGAGAUUCAUUUCUUUGGUGAUAGAAUUUAUCCCGGAGGAAAUGAUUGGGGAAUCUAUCACGAUCCCCGAACAAUAGGUCAUAUUGUUAAGAAUCCUGAUGAUACGAUGAGACAACUAUUAGAACUGUUAGAAAUUCUAGACUAG